GGGCUGGGAGGUCACUCCGCCCCACAACCACCUAGAAAAAGGAAACCAGAAAAGGGAGAAACAGCAGCAGAGACUACACUUCCUUCAUUUCUCACUCUAGGGACAUUACUGACUCACAAAAAGCAGCUCUAAGGAGAAGACAACCAAAGAAGAGGAACUUGCCACCACGGUCUAAUAACACUGAGGAAUGGGAGUCCACAUUCUGCGUAUCCCAGGAGGUUCUACACUCGUCUCUGAAGCAGGUCCCCUGGAGAUAGGUCAGCUGAUGGUGACUCUUACUUCCUGGCCCUUUCAAAGCCCAGGUCUGAGUUUGAAAUAAGACGUUGUAAAGGCUCAUCCUUCUUUUGAAGUAAAGGCUCUUCCUUGUUCUAGCAUGGAUUUGUGUUCUUUGGGAAAAGAAUAACUGAUGUGUGUACCUGCUCUUUCUCCUCUAGGAUUUAGCAGUGGCCUCCAUGGGUUCUGUGAAUUCCAGAGGUCACAAGGCAGAAGCCCAGGUAGUGAUGAUGGGCCUCGACUCAGCAGGCAAGACCACGCUCCUGUACAAACUGAAGGGCCAUGAGCUGGUGGAGACCUUGCCCACUGUUGGCUUCAAUGUGGAGUCUCUCGAAGCUCCUGGGCAUGUGUCUCUGACUCUCUGGGAUGUGGGAGGGCAGACCCAGCUCAGGGCCAACUGGAAGGACUAUCUGGAAGGCACGGAUAUUCUUGUGUAUGUGCUGGACAGCACAGAUGAAGCCCGUCUGCCUGAGGCAGUGGCUGAGCUCGGGGAAGUACUAGACAACCCCAACAUGGCCAGCGUCCCUUUCCUGGUGCUGGCCAACAAGCACGAGGCACCUAAUGCUCUACCACUGCUGGAGAUCAGAGAUAGGCUGGGCCUGGAGAGAUUCCAGGACUGCAGCUGGGAGAUCCAAGCCUGCAGUGCCCUCACCGGUGAGGGGCUGCCAGAAGCCCUGCAGAGUCUGAGAAGGCUCCUGAAAUCUCACAGCCACCUAUGCCCCUGGGCAAGGAGUGGGGAGAGCAAGAAGUCUUGACUGAGAUACAGCAGUUUAUCUUUGUUCACACGAACUGGAAGAACCAGCUAAUCCUUGAGAAACUUGCAUUUAGCUUGUCAAACAAGAAAUCCUUUUGUUCUUGGAUAGGCUAUUUUCUUCUCAGGAUUUAUUCUCACUGGUGUUUAUGUGGAAAAUCAACUAUUCUUUGAAUAAUAAUGCUCUUUUAAAAAACCUCAGUGAGCUCCAUUGAAUAACUCAUUACCAAGUGUGAACUAAGCAAUUAUAAUAAUAGAGCAACUAGUGAUUCCGUAAUAAUCAGGACUAAAAUUCACAGAGGAGAAGAGGUUUCAGAAUGGAAAGAGAAUAUCGUCUGGACGUGGUCACAACUGUGAGUGAUUUGGGGUUUGUGCCAUUAUCACUCUGUGUGCAAGUGACCAGGUUCAGAAGAAGGGGGCAGGGGAGGCUGCUACCACAGAAUCUGGGGUUUAGAGGAUCACUGGGGAGCUCAGCCCUGGGCAAGGAGCUGGCAGUAAGGCUUCCCUCUUCUCGGGUCCUGAUUAACCCUGUCUACCCUUUUGUUGGAAACCCUGGUGGCGUAGU